AUGUGUACAUCACCAACUAGUGAGGGACCAGUAGCAACAGUAAUACGCAGGAAAUUGGAGGAGAUGUUUUCGCCGUCACAUCUUGAAAUCGUUUGUGAAAGCCACAUGCACAAUGUACCUAAGGGAUCUGAGAAGCAUUUCCGUGUUCAGAUUGUCAGUGAGAAGUUCGAAGGAUGUCCUAUCAUUCAGAGGCAUCGCAUGGUGAAUUCCUGCCUGUCUGAUGAAUUGGCUGGCCCAGUGCACGCUUUGAGGAUUGAUGCGAUUCCGCCGAGCAAAUGGGUGGGUCAGAAACCACAUCCAAGCCCAGCAUGUCGAGGUGGUAACGCGUUAUGA